UUUCCAUUCCCUUCCACAACACACACAAAGGGAACAUACACAAGAAACAAAUUCCUUUUCUAGGUAAAAAGAAAGCGGAUUUCUAGUUUAUUAGCCACCAAAAGAGUCCUAAUCAAUGGCGUUCAUAAGAUCACCGGCGGCGAAGUUCGUAACGUUCACCAUCUUCUUCUCCGUGCUCUUUGUAUCGACGUACGGUUACCGAGGAGGAUUGAUGGGAGGGAGGAUGAAGAUAAGGGACGUGAAGACGAACAAGGAGGUGCAGGAUCUGGGGAAGUUCUCGGUGGAGGAAUACAACCGGAGCUUGAGGCAAGGUGGCAACGGAGGCGAGCUGACGUUUGUGGAGGUAGUGGAGGCGCAGAGGCAGGUAGUAUCAGGAAUCAAGUACUACCUGGUGAUCUCGGCCACCCAUAAAGGUGGGGAGACGGAUACUUUCGAGGCUGCAGUGGUGGUCAAGCCUUGGGUUAACACCAAGAAGCUACUCAACUUUAGGCGAUCCAAGUCCAGUAACAGCGAAUGAACAUGAACGGUUGGGCAAAAGUAGUAGUACUGCAUUCUAGCUAAUGCUUUUACGGGAAGGGUACUGGCGAUGUAGUACUCUUUUAUCUGACCUUUUUUUGUGAUUUCUUUGUUGGAUUGUGGGUGUCACUGUGUGUAUGUGAGAGAGACAGAGAGAGAGCGUGCCUAAUGUAUCUUUUUUUCACGGGAAAUCAGUAUGAAUAAAAGCAUAAUAAACGAGGGUUAGAACAUUGAAAA